UUCCUCGACGAUACUCACUUUGAGUUGCGAAACCCGCCGCGGUGUAUAGAGCGAGAGAGAGAGAGAGAGCUUUCUAUUAGCCGGUUCCGCUCGAAAGCGAUGCAGCGUUGUGACCGGCAGUAUUUCGUCAGAAGCUGUGUGUGUGUGUGUGUGUGUAAGUUAUACGCGUGAUACGGAGUCGGAGAAGAGAAUCGGAAAGCUUAAGGAUCGAGUAGCAUGAAGGCUGCUUUCUUGGUGCUUUUGGGCCUCGUCGCCGUGGCGACGGCUCAGCGACGACUCGCCCUUCCCGACCCACGAAGCUGCGCCAGCCGUGUGCGACACGCUUCGUACAGGGAUGCGAGAGGCGUAGCCCACUCGUACUUCUUCAGCUGGGAGCAUCAGCCGACGAGGAACCUCGAGGUCGACUGGCUCGACGCGAGGAACAUCUGCAGGCGCCACUGCAUGGACGCCGUCUCCCUGGAGACUCCCCAGGAGAACGAGUUCAUCAAGCAGAGAAUCGCACGAGGCAACAUCAGGUACAUCUGGACCUCCGGACGCAAGUGUAACUUCAACGGCUGCGACAGACCCGACCUCCAGCCCCAGAACGUGAACGGAUGGUUCUGGUCGGGAUCCGGCGCCAAGAUCGGACCCACGAACCAGCGCAACACCGGUGACUGGAGCCACACCGGCGGAUACGGAACUCCCCAGCCCGACAACCGCGAGGCCGCUCAGGGUAACGACGAGUCGUGUCUGUCGAUCCUGAACAACUUCUACAACGACGGCAUCAAGUGGCACGACGUCGCCUGCCACCACGUCAAGCCAUUCGUCUGCGAGGACAGCGACGAGCUGCUGAACUUCGUCGCUUCGCGGAAUCCCGGCAUCCGUCUCUAAGCGCUUUUUAAUAUAACGACGGUAUUAUAUAAUUAUAAUCGACUAGAACGACGCAGAGAGAUAUAUCACUUAUCCGCCGCCUCACAUUCGCAUCGUCAAAUUCUUAACGAUCGAAGGAUCGAUCGGUAAUAGUGAUGAAUUUUACGAAGCCCACGGCGACGGUUAAUAGUGCACACAUUCACGGCUCGAUUUCGCGCGCGCUAUCCGCGACAUCACUACUAUUACUACUGUGUAUUAUUUGUCUUUCUCUUCUUUACAUACGAUUAUACGUGAACGAGAAUAAUCGCGCCUCGUAAUUACUCCUGGCGUUGUAUUAAUUACGCAGCUGUAUCUUUAGGUUAUUUAUCUUCUCUAUCGUGUACUAACCAGACUACCGAAAUAUAUAUAUAUGUAUAUCGCAUACCCACGACUAUGUUUGCGCGCCGCUAAGAUUUCUGUAAUAACACGUUAUAAUAAUAAUGGUGUAUACAUAUACUAUCUCUAACUGUCUCACCGCAUAUACAACCUUUAUAUAUCUACGUUAUAUCAUUAUACAUAUACUUUAGUCCUUGCGAGACUUAGUCCUCUCGAACUGAAUGUACAAUUUUUUUUUUUCUAUAUUUUUCUAACGAAAAUAAAUGUUCUAUCAUUUGUACAAAA